AGUCAUCACUAAGUUUUAUUUUGCGUCGUUCUUGCUGCACACAGCGCUUUCGUAUUUUUGUUUUCCCCGUGCUGUUUUUUAAUUGUCCUUGAUAAAUGUAACGCUGCCACUUAUUUCCAUAAAUUCAGUACGUUGGCUUAUUAAAUAUUUAUAACAUUGGCCUACUACUCCUGCUACUGCUGCACACGCGCAUAGAUACCUUUAAGUAUUUCUGAAGGAUUUCUAGGACAACAACAACGAAGACUAACAGCUGUUAUGGCGGACAAUGUGUUCAAGUCGCACGAUAUUGGGUUACGCGCUCAAAAGAAAAUACUCUCACGCAUGGCAACAAAAAAUAUAGCGAAGACCUUUAUUGACGGCACAACGGCUUCAUUGUUGGAUAAUCUCUAUAAGCUUUGCAAGCUGCAUACGGGCAAUAAAGCGCGCGCCGAAAAGCUUGUUAAAAACAUAAUCAAAAUUGUUAUCAAAAUUGGUGUCCUGCAUCGAAAUAAUCAAUUUAAUCAGGAGGAGCUGCAAAAUGCCGAGAACUUUAAGCGAAAAUUCCAAAACACACAACUGUCCAUCAUAUCCUUCUAUGAGGUGGACUUCACCUUCGAUUUAGCAUAUUUGCAAAAGUCUAUUAAGGAAUCGCAAGUGGCGCUUAAGUCCAUAGUUCAGUUACAUUUAACAGAUAAAUCAAUUGGCCGCAUAGAUGAGGUUUUUGAUUUCUUUGCCGAUGCGGCUUUAUUGGAGCUAGCAUUCAAAACGGAUUCACCAUAUCGCGAGGUGAUGGGCAAAAUUGUAGCAGAUAUUAACGCAGCCAUGGAAACGGGUGAUAUUUGAGUUGGAUGUGCAGAAGUCGAGCUGCAUUUGCUUUAGAAAGAGGGGCUAUUAUCAAACCAAAAAGAAAAGGAAACAACAACCAGAUACUAAUAGUUAGUUAGAAACAGCCUUCUAAGUCCACCAAAUAGCAAGUAAAUCACACAAGAAAAAAGACAAACACGCAUCGAAAAGCAAA